GGUUUGGUUCCUUCUACUUUGUGGAAGAUCGAUAGGAUAAACAUGGAAGGUCCAUACUUGGGCAUAAUAGUGCCAAAUGCCUUUGAGAUGAAUCCUCUAUUGCAAUCUGGCACCUUUGUGCCUGAUCAUAAGCUUCCUUACCUUGAUUUUUCAGGAAGAAGGUUUCGAAUUGGACGGUUGAGAAAUGAAAAGGUUAUUGUUGCUAUGACAGGGUUGAGCAUGCUAAAUGCAGGGACAGCUACACACUUGCUGCUGAGUUUAUUCAAGGUGAAGGGAGUAUUGCACUAUGGAAUAGCAGGAAAUGCAAAUCCUAAGCUUCAGAUUGGGGAUGUAACCAUCCCUCAGUUUUGGGCUCAUACUGGCCUUUGGAACGGACAGAGGUACGGAGAUGGGCCUGAAGAUGGGCUAGCACUAGAAUCAAAUGGAGACCACACCAGAGAAAUCGGUUACCUUAGGGUCUCUGAUUACAACAGCAGCACACAAUGCAAUAUUUCUUCAGAGAAUCUGCUCAACAACGUCUGGUAUCAACCCGAAGAGAUUUUCCCAGUGGAUGGGGAUCCUGAACUUAGGCGACAUGCUUUCUGGGUUCUGGUCAACCACCUCUACUUGGCCAUCGCAGAGAUAAAAGGUUUGAGACUCGGUGGAUGCGUGAAUGGGACAUGCUUGCCGAGACCAGAGAUGGUGGUGAGGGUAGAAAGAGGGAUAAGCUCGAAUAUGUUUGUGGACAACAGAGCUUAUCGUGAGUUCUUCAACUCCAAGUUCAAUGCAACGGCAAUCCACAUGGAGAGGGCUGCAGUUGCCCUUGUCUGUCACCAACAGAACAUGCCUUUCAUUGCAUUCAGAUCCUUGUCUGAUUUAGCUGGCGGGGGUUCUGCCUUGUCCAAUGAAGCCUCUCUGUUUGCCGCUUUGGCUGCUCAAAAUGCAGUUGAUGUUCUCAUUGGCUUCACUUCCUUAAUCCCCGAAAGCAAAACCAAGAUCAAAUGAACUGAAAGAUGGCACACCAAAGAAGCAGAAGCAGUGUAACUGUAAACAUUCUAGGUGUCUGAAACUGUACUGUGAGUGCUUUGCAUCUGGCAUAUAUUGUGAUGGGUGCAACUGUGUUAAUUGUUAUAACAAUGUUGAGAAUGAAACUGCAAGACGAGAUGCUAUUGAAGCAACUUUGGAGCGCAAUCCAAAUGCAUUCAGACCAAAAA